GAGUGAAUUGGACGUAUAUUACUGGUCGGCAUCUGCAAGAUGGUCACCUAAAAAUCCAACAUGAGAUUUUUUCGCCGGAAAAUAGCGAUUAUAGUUAUUUUGGCCUAUGCAAUAUUUUCGCUUUACGCAGCCUAUAAUGUGUUUUUCAGUAAGAGGGUGAUUUCUCGCGUUCACCGUGUGGUGAAAAAGGGCUCCGUGAUUAUCGAAACGGGAAAAGCAGGAGAGGAAGAAUGGAACCCAUGGGAGGAGGAUGAACGCGCUCAUUCUGUAAUUGUGCAGAAGCGGAGAGAUGCUUUCAGAUCAUACCGAGAUCAGGCUGCUAAAAACAGGCCGAAGCCAAAUAAAGUUCAGAUCUGGGGCAAAGCAGCCAUAGGACUUUAUUUGUGGGAACAUAUUUUAGAAGGGUCUCUCAACCCACCGGACAAAUCCAGCCAAUGGAGAGAAGGAGAGAUGCAGUCUGGGAAGAUUCAUUUCAGUUUCUACACUGGUCCUGCAGUGGUCCAAGGGCAUGUUCCUCCUGACACAGACAGUGUGGUGUUGGUUUUGAAUGGCCGCGAGCAGCAGAAGAUCUCCUACUCCGUCCAGUGGCUGCAGCACGUCCAGAGUCUGAUUCAGGCCCGCACCAUCUCUCGGGUCGCUGUCGUCCUAUUGGGCAACGAGCAGUGCAAUAACAACUGGAUCAGUCCUUACCUGAAGAGAAAUGGCGGGUUUGUGAACCUGCUCUUUCUGGUGUAUGACAGUCCUUGGGUCAAUGAUAAAGACAUAUUCCAGUGGCCUCUGGGCGUUGCCACAUACAGGCAUUUCCCAGUAGUCACACUUAGCAGUCAGAUGGUAAAAAAGGACAGACCAUACCUGUGCAACUUUCUUGGCACCAUCUACAAAAACUCCUCCAGGGAAAACCUGAUGAACUUCCUCAAGCAGAACAACAUGGAGAAAGACUGCCUCAUGCAUGCUAGAGAGAAGUGGCUUCCACAAGAGACGUCAGACACCUCCAGACAGUACCAGAUGGCACUAGCUCAGAGUGACCUGACUCUUUGUCCGGUGGGAGUGAACAGCGAGUGCUACCGCAUCUAUGAAGCCUGUGCGUAUGGCUCCAUGCCCGUGGUGGAGGACGUCCUGACUCCGGGAGCCUGCGCUGUUGGGAACCGGUCCCCGCUGCGGCUGCUUAAAGAUGCUGGAGCUCCCUUCAUCUUCCUGAAGGACUGGAAGGAGUUGCCGGUUAUCCUGGAGAGAGAGAGAGUGAUGAGCCAGAAGGAGAAAACGGAGAGGAGAAUGAGACUGCUGGAGUGGUACAGCAGCUUUCGGCAGCAGAUGAAAGACAAAUUCACUGAGGUUUUGGAGGAGAACUUCUUCAAAAUCACAUAGGAGUAGGUGGGAGAAUGUUAAAGGGGUAGUUCAGAUGAAAACGAUGAGUUUGUUUUAAUUUAUUCAUCCUCAAGACAGCAAGAUUAAGGGAUUUGUCAAUUUUUAGGUUGAAUCAAAUUAAUUUUGUAAGUCAUUUCAUAUUCCAUUUGAUUAAAUUGACUUGAAACGUUAAGGUAAAUCUUGUGUGAGGCAUGACGAUGUUUUUGUGUUGCCCAUCAACUGAAUUUUUUUUUAAGUUACAAGGGAUUUGACUUGAUGUUUAAAGUCAGUUGACUAAUGAUAAUGUUAAUUUGAUUCAACGUAAACAUUUAAAGUAGCAGAAUUUUUUAAUAAUGACUUUAUUCCUUCAGUGCACUUUAAAAUAUGAACCAUUGAAUCAUCUUUAAAAAAUAACUUGUUACACAUAAAACAGUUGUUUUCAACUUACUUACUGAAAACCAUAAUGAAUUAAAGCAAAACUCAAUUUUUUAAAUCCAUUCAGCCAAUCUCAUGGUCUCACAAGAGCACUUUUAGCUUAGCUUAGCAUAGGUCAUUAAAUCAGAUUAGACCAUUAGCAUCGCACUAAAAAAUGAAUAGAGAGUGCCUGUAAAUAAUCCCCACCUGUGCAAACAAGUGGUCAAGUUGGUUCUAUUAGUUAGCCAAUUUUCAAGUGCUUCAUAAUAUCAUUGCGCCUGCUGCAGUCAUGGUACACAAUAAAGUUCCCUGAUUAUUACGCUGGAAUAAGAGCAUUAUUAUGCUGGAAAGAGAGUUCUUAACUAUAUCAGCCAAGAAAACAGCAACGUUUCAUUUUCCUUUAGUACACACUAUAACUACAAAAAACUACAAAAGGAUUUGUUCAUUAUUGAGCUAGAUGCUAAUGGUCUUAUCCGUAUCCGUAUCCGUAUCCGGAUCUAUGUGUAACAAGUUGAAGUAAUUGUUUCCAUUUAAAAAAAUAAAAUAAAAUAGGUGCAGAGCAUAAAAAUAUAUCUUUAGGUGAAAUUGUGAUUCAUAAAUGCUAUUCAAUGACUACUGCUACUUCGAGAGUCAAGAAACAUGCAGGCAAAACAAGAUUAAUGCUCAUGGUUAUUGAUGAUACUUUGAGCUCUUAUGAAGUGGAAUGAUCUGUCUGUGCA